UUCCUCCAACUCGUCUCCGGAUGGGGUCGCAGCAGUUGUGGACCCUAAACGGAGGAGGAGAAGCUCUCGCUCCUCGUCGUUGUCGUCGUCGCAGAAGCAGUUGCAGCGAUGCGACGCACACAGACUCUCACUGGCGUCGUUGCAGGGAUGCCGAGCAUGCUCACAAUCUGCAGCACACCCAGUUCACUCUCUACCUCAGUCUCAAUCUCAACUCCUACUGCCGCUGAUGAGCCGGGAGCCUGACUCUCCCAGUGCGCUGCUUCACCCUCGUUGAGCCAUUUCCAAUACCCUAUCUCUUCAAUUGGGGUUUGUCUGUGUGUGGGGGAGGAUACGCCGCUCUGCUUUGUGACUAUUCUCCCAACCCAUUUCCUCAAUUGCUCGUUUAUGGUGGGAGAGAGGAACCCAGUUUUUUUCUUUUUUUGUAUUUCGGGAGCUGGGGAUUUUCGGGAUUGUGCUGUGGGUUGUGGGUUUUAGGGGGACAUGAUGCUCCAUGGGUUGAAUUCGGCUGUUGCGCGGGGUUUGUGGGGAGAGCAUCGAGUUGUCCACGCUCAGUUAGGGGUGCGUGGUAGGGGUUGCGUUCUGAGACGCGGUGAUGUUGGCAGUGGGUGUCAUGGGAUGGGCACCGCGUUUCCUUCUGGUGAAGGUUUUGGAGUGUUGAGCGAGUUGGUAAGUUUUAGGAUUGCUUCCUUCCCUUCCUCUUCCUCUGCCCCCUUGCCAAUUCCGGUGCGUUGUCAAGGGGGAAGAAGACAUCAUAGAAGGCGGGAGCUUCCAGUGGAUUCGGGUAGGAAACAGCGUGGUGACGAGAAGGUAGAAAUUACACUUGAUUUUGCUGAAUUGAAGCAGAGAGCAGCAGAUGCGGCAUCGUCGACCAAGAAGGCGCUCGUGUCAUCUGCCGGUAAUGUGAGACAGUCAGGUGUGACUUUUAUUAAAGAGGGGAAACAGGCGUGGAAUGAGCUUCGCACCAGUGUGGCUGUUCGAAACGACAAACGCGUGGUGAUUGCAGUGAAGCAGUCGACCAUUGACUUCGCUGGUCGGACUGUUUUAUGGACUGUGCUGAUGAUUGUAUUUUCUAGAGUAUUUCUUGCAUGGGCUAGACGAUUCCAUUGGGGUUGGGCUGAUAGUUUCAACCGGCCUAGGACUGUAAGAGAUCGGAGUUUGGGUGGAAGGGAGGUUGUCGUGAAGAAUGGAAUUAAGCUCUGGGAAGGAGGACCUUUCAAGUGGUCUGCUCGUAAUUCAGUUCAAGGACUAAGUCCUUUGGAUUAUGUAAAGACUGAUGCUCGUUCUGAAAAGGAGCUUAAUCGGUUAAAAGCGGGUUCUGAUCCUUUCACGUUCAAAAAAUCUCAAAGUGAGACACGAUUACCAGCUUGGUGGCCUGGUCCUGAGCAAGCACCUAAGUUGCCUUCGGAGACAACUGCUCAGGCACAAAGAGAGGCCAAUGCUCUCCUGAAUGAUAUGCUGGAGAGGAGAAUGAACGGGAUAGACUUUGAGAGUCAUAACAUAAUCAAGUUACGGGAACUAUGUCGGAACUAUGGAGCUGAAGUCAAGUUUGGGACAACGAAUACACGCGAUGCCUUUUAUCGAACUGCCUUGCAACUUGUUCAUAAUGCUUGUAUAAGGGGCGUCGAGUUCCCAAAUGAGGGCGUGGUCAACUUUACUGCAGGAUUAGCUCGCAAUAUUGGAAUAGACGUGAAAAAAGCAGCCAUUAUGGUUAUUGCUUCUGUCGCAGCUCAAACACGAGCAACUUUCUUACAGACAUGGGCAUUACAUGAGCGUGGCGAAAUUGAAUCUGCACACAAGGAGCUUCAAGGAUUAAUACGAAUUCAUGAAAACUUCAGCCCAAAUCGUAAUUCUCCAGAGAUGGACAUGGUUGCUAGAGGUCUGACAUACUUACCACUUGAAGAUCGACGUGAGCUACUGGAAAUGUACAUCUUCGCUGGAGGAAAUAAUACUGAAUGGCUUGCAAAGGAGGCAUUGGGCCUCACAGACCAAAACUAAUAUUUCUGGAUAAAUGCGCUGAUUCCUCUGCACGGCUGCAAAAUACCAACUCUAAUGCUUUAUACACCUUAGCCGAUGCUUAGAGUUAUUGAUUCACCUCUUACCGUAGAAGGGGCAGUUUUUGGCAACCUCAUUGAUGAGCUAGGCCGAAUUAGUUUAGGCACAAGCUGCAGCGUAUUCAUCAGCGAAUUGUAACUUUGAUGACCAGUUUUAGGUUGAGAUUAUUUCAGUCAUUUUAAGUCUAAAUUUUUUUCUCCAGAAGUUUUCUGGGUUAUUCACAUA